AUCGAGAUAUAUCGACUUAUUCGACUUGAUAAAUGUGAGAGAGGUGAUGGACUUUCUCCUGUAACUCAGGAGAGAGAAGGAACAAUGGCGGACACUGCUCCAGCCGUGCGUGGAGGUUUUCGUGGAGGAUUUGGUUCUCGUGGAGGAGGUGACCGUGGAGGUCCAAGAGGUAGAGCCCGUGGAGGCAGAGGUCGAGGUCGUGGUCGUGGACGUGGUAAAGAAGAUAGCAAAGAAUGGAUCCCAGUAACUAAACUUGGACGCCUUGUUAGAGAUGGAAGAAUAGAAUCCUUAGAACACAUCUAUCUCUUUUCUUUGCCUAUCAAAGAAUAUGAGAUCAUUGACAAAUUCCUUGGAGUUGAAUUGAAAGAUGAAGUACUGAAAAUCAUGCCAGUACAGAAACAAACCAGAGCUGGACAGCGUACUCGUUUCAAGGCUUUCGUAGCUAUUGGGGAUUAUAAAGGCCACAUUGGCCUAGGUGUAAAAUGCUCUAAGGAAGUGGCCACUGCCAUUCGUGGAGCUAUCAUACUGGCUAAGCUUUCAGUUGUGCCAGUACGUCGUGGUUAUUGGGGAAACAAGAUUGGUGAUCCUCACACUGUACCCUGUAAAGUUACUGGCAAGUGUGGAUCGGUUCAGGUGCGUCUAAUUCCAGCACCUAGGGGUACAGGUAUCGUAUCAGCGCCUGUGCCUAAGAAAUUGUUACAGAUGGCUGGUAUAGAGGACUGUUAUACCUCGGCCAGAGGAUCUACUUGUACUCUUGGUAAUUUUGCAAAAGCUACCUAUGCAGCUAUUGCCAAAACCUAUGCCUACUUAACACCAGAUCUCUGGCACGAUCAGGCACUAAGGAAAGUUCCUUAUCAAGAGUUCGCAGACUAUUUGUCAAAAAGCCACAGAGUUGUGGGCAGACAGAGGCCUGCUGAGGUUGCCUAAGAAAUAAACUUCCAUGUAAAUUACCUAA